UCUUCCUCCCUCUCCCCUCCCCCUCCUCCUCCGUAAACACCAGCAUGGAUCAAUACGUCGCCGGCCUUGAGCAAACCUUGCAGCAGGUCCUCUUUUCUAACGACAGCAACCAGAUCAAGGAGGCUACCAAGGCAUUGAACAAUCAGUUCUUUGCCGACGCUAAUUGCGUCCCUGCUCUGGUUCAUAUUAUCCAAACUUCUCAGCAGAAGGAGAUCCGUCAACUUGCAGCUGUCGAGCUUCGCAAACAGAUCUCGAACUGGUGGUCCAAGAUGGAGGAGGAGACUCGCACGUCUGUCAAAGCAAAGCUUUUGGAGACCAUUCUAAAUGAACAAGAACCACUCCCUCGUCAUUCCACAGCACGUGUUAUUGCCACAGUUGGAAGGAUUGAGAUUCCUGCCAUGACCUGGAAUGAACUCCUCGCUUUCUUAUUCCAGUGCUCCAACAGCACAAACGCUGGUCAUCGUGAAGUUGGAAUUUACAUCAUCUACGCCAUCUUCGAAGUCACCGAUGCCUUUGCCGACAAUUUGCGCCAACUCCUUGAGCUUUUCAGCCGUACAAUUGUCGAUCCUGACUCUCCUAUCGUUCGCAUCACCACUGUCCAGGCUUUGGGGAAAAUGGCAGAAUUCAUUGAGGAGGAUCAAAAAGACGAGAUCAACAUGUUUUCGGAGCUCGUCCCACACAUGGUUAAUGUUCUUCAGCAAUGCCUUAAUGAUGGCGACGAAGAAUCAGCUACAAAGUGCUUCGACGUCUUUGACGGCCUCUUGCUGCUUGAAAUCCCCAUUUUAUCAAAACAUGUUCAAAACCUUAUCCAGUUCUUCUUGAGCAUUGGGGCCAACAAGUCCUACGAGCCAGUUUUACGCGUCCAGGGACUUUCGUUCCUUAUGUGGGCUACUGUUUAUAAAAAAACGAAGAUUCAGCGCCUCAAGCUAGUCGCUCCUAUGAUUCAGGCUUUAAUGCCGAUCGCUGCUGAGGAGGAGCCUGAGGAUCAAGAUGAAGAUUCUCCUGCUCGUCUUGCCUUCAAGGUCAUCAACACUUUGGCCACCAACCUUCCUCCUCAGCAAGUUUUCCCUGUCGCUUUGGAAGGCAUCCUUGCCUAUAUGGCUAACGCUGAACCCUUAUAUCGCAAGGCUGCUAUGGUUACCAUGGCUGUUUUGGUUGAGGGUACUGUUGACUUUAUCCGUCCCAAAUUCAACGACCUUCUUUUGGUCGUUUGUGCUGGUCUUCAGGACCCUGAGACCGAGGUUCGUCGUGCCGCAUGCAUGGCCCUGAGCUCAUUUGCUGAGGAAUUUGACCAGGAAAUCGCCGAGAACCAUGCCAAGUUAUUGCCUUUGGUGUUUAAUUUAAUGAACGAACCCACCCCUGAAAUUACAAAGCAGGCUUGCAAUGCUUUGGACGCUAUAUUAGAGGGUCUGGGGGAGAAUAUCCUUCAAUAUCUCCCUGUUCUCAUGGAAAAGUUGUUGCACAUGCUUGAUCACGCUCAGGGCGAAACUCGUGCUAUUGUUGUUGCUGCUAUCGGUAGCGCUGCUCAUGCCUCUGGACCCGAAUUCACUCCUUACUUCCCUGAGGUGAUUAAGCGCCUUCAGCAUCUUAUGACUCUACACUCUAAUGAGGAUGAGCUUAUGCUUCGCGCCGUAUCCACUGACGCAUUAGGCGCUAUAGCCGCAUCUGUUGGCAAAGAUGUUUUCAGACCUCAUUUGAAUAGUUUGAUGAACUUGGCCAUGGAAGGAUUGCUUCUUGAUAACACUCGUCUCCGAGAGUGCGGAUAUUACUUCUUUGCUGGAAUCGCUCAGGUUUUUGAGGACGAAUUCUCGCCUUAUUUGUCGGGCAUCAUGCCUCAAUUGAUUGCAUCGUGUCAACUGGAUGAGAACAGUACUCGCUUUGACAAUGAGGGCGAGGGUGAAGAUGACGGCGAGGAUACGGCGGAGGAUUUGAACUACGUCUUCCGUUCCGCUAUCGCUGACGAAAAGGAGGUCGCUGCCGAUACUAUCGGCGAAUUUUUCCAGCAUACUCGAUCCGCAUUCCUCCCCUAUGUUGAGUCUAGCGUAAAGGAGCUCAUCAACCUCACCACACAUAUGUCUGAUGGAGUCCGUAAGGCCUCAUGUGGUGCACUCUUCAAUUUCCUGCGUACAUUCUACAAGCUCUCCAACUGUGAGGAAUGGAAGGCUGGGCUUCCUGUCGCGAUCCCUCUUCAUGAUAAUGUUGCUCAGCUUAACUCGCUGGUUAUGCCUGCCAUCCUUACAAUCUGGGAAGAUGAGGAUGACAAGAUGGUUGUUGUUCAAGUCUGCCAGGAAAUGGUAGAAACUGUCAAGCUUUGUGGUCCUGGUGUAGUUGCUAAUUAUAUCACUACUAUUGCUGAGCACUUGAAUUUGAUUUUUGAGAAAAAGGCAUAUUGUCAACAGGAGCUCGCUGAUGAAGAAGGUCUCUUGGAUGAGGAUGAGCAGGCAGAGUUUGAUGCGUUGCUGAUUUCGUCUGCCUCGGACUUGGUUGGUGCCUUGGCAGCCGCUUUGGGCGAAAGCUUUAUUCCAUACGCCAAGGUCUUUGUACCUCAUAUUGCAAAAUACUACAAGAAAACCAAGCCUACAAGUGAGCGUUCGAUGGCCAUAGGCUGCUUAGGCGAGAUUGCUGCUGGCAUGCUGGGUGGUAUCACCGAGUUCACAGAAGUCAUUUUCCCGAUCGCUCUUAAGGGACUUAGUGACGAGGAGCCCGAGGUCAGAAGUAACGCUGCCUACACUGUUGGUGCCCUUUGCCAAAAUACUAAUUUGGACAUUUCUACCCAAUAUCCAGCACUCUUGACUACUUUAUACCCCCUAUUCCAAGGCCAGAGCCUGGACAAUGUUACAGACAAUGCAUGCGGUGCUGUCGCUCGUAUGAUCAUGAAGUAUCCCAAUGCGGUACCAUUGGACCAAGUCCUCCCAGUCUUUAUGCAGGCCUUGCCAUUGAAACGCGACUAUGAGGAGAACGAACCAGUGUACAAAUUGUUAUUCUCUCUUAUUCGUUCGCAAAACUCUUGGAUUUUCGCGAAUUUGACAUCGUUGUUGCCCAUUUUCGCAGAAGUUCUUUCUAAGGAGGAUGAGCUCAAACCUCAUACGCGUCAAGAGAUGAUUGAGAUCAUCAAAGCCUUAAAUCAACAGUUCCCAGCGUUGAAUAUUAGCUCAUCCCCCUUGAGUGCAUAUCUCCAAUAGUCAUUAGGAGAAAUCUUUAACUUAAUCAAUAAAACCAGU